AUGUCGACUUCAGAAAUCGUACAAGCAUAUCGCACGCUUCACCGGAAACUCCUACAAGGCGUGCAAUAUGCCCGCCCCGCGCGUUACACUGUGAUACAAGCUCUGCGCUCUGCCUUUCGUGAGCCGAAAGCACAGUUCGAUAGAGAGGCCAUCAAACGAACAACUUGGUUUCUUGAAGCAGCAGCGAAAGAGAGGGGCAUUGAGCACCAGAUAUUGAAAAACCUGGUCAAAGUUCGAGGCUUGAGGGGCAAAAAGGAGCCGUGGCGGAAGAUGUAUAAUGAGAGUCUCAGCAAGAGGCCUGAUAUCAGCAAAGACAAUGCGUAUCUGCAUUACGACAUGACAGUCGCCAUGUUGAAUAAGACUAUGGGUUUGUGUCUACGGUAA